AUGUCUUCCGAUGAGGGGAACCUCGGGGAAGAUGAUGAUAAACCUAGAGAUGAGGAACGUUUGGAUGAAUAUCCUGAUAGUGAUACAUCUGAAAUGGAUAUCCCCGCUCCCCCUCUGGAAAAACCACCAAUCCGUCAGAAGGUCUAUCAGGAUGACGGAUCGGAUGGCCCGGUGGUUACCGAAAAUCUUUUUGGUGUUGGUUCCAGCGAUCACGCUGUAGAUGACGAAGAAGCCGAUUUUGAUGAUGCAGUUAAAAAUGUAGUGGACGAGCAAGCACUCACACUUGCACACGUUAUUGCAUCGUUUGAUGAUUAUUGUCUGCCAAGGAAAAAUAUUGCAAUGGAGGCAUUUAAAUUCAACACCAUUGCACAGAAGGAACGGCAAACAUUCAGUGAAUUCGAGACAGAGCUCCGCACACAGAUACAAUACUGUGAGUUUAAAUGUCAACAAUGUCAAACAUCCUAUGCUGAUAGGAUGUUGCGUGAUCGGAUAAUUAUUGGUAUACAAGAUAAAAAACUGCAACUGAAGCUUCUUGAUGGACGAGAUGACCCGUUGUCGAAAAUUGUCGAGACCUGUAAGGUGUUCGAAGCCGCUUCCGAGAAUAAACUUAUUCUCGAUCGUAAGGUGAGCCUGCUUGAAGUAAAAUCUGUGGGGAAGCAACCGGAUGACGAAAGGAGAGAUGUUGUUUCUAUUACUAAGAAACAAUGUUACAAUUGCGGAAAACCGUUCAACCACUUCAGCAAAUGCUGUCGUCGUAAAGAAAGAAAGGACAUGAAGCCAUCGGUGACGACCGGAAUACAGGACAAGCAGAAAUCAGUAUUGUCAAUAAACUGGAGUGACGCAGAAUAAAUUCAACGGAGCAAAGGUGUGUGAGUUCAGGGCCCUGGCGUAAAUACUAUCAUGUAGGAAACGAGAAAGUGCGAUUCAAACUGGAUACUGCUGCCGAUGUUAACUGUGUACCAAUUGAUAUUGUAAAAUUAAUUGGUGUACCAAUACGUACUGUAAACAAUGCUCACGUUCUGGAUUAUAGUUCCAAUACUAUAAAAGUUUAUGGUUCAGUUAAGUUGACUUGCUCUGAUUCUGUAAUGGGUACAGUGCACACAGCAGAUUUCUUGGUUGUUGAUUCUAAUUACGAGCCGUUACUCGGUUUGCAGUCUUGCGUUGACUUUGGAUUAAUCACUCGUCUCAAUAGAGUUAUGUUGCCAAAUCAUAUUCCCAAAAAUAAAACCGAUUUCAUUAAUGCAUAUCGAGACGUUUUUGAGGGGUUAGGUAAAUUUCCUGGCCAGUGUUCCAUAGUACUGAAAGAAAACUCCAUUCCGGCUUUAUUCUACAAAAAGCGAAUCCCGUUGGCUUUGCAUGACCGAAUAAAAAAUGAGCUCAAGCGGAUGGAGGAUCAAGGAGUAAUUGUAUACGUUGACUAUCCUACUGACUGGGUCAGUAACAUGCAAGUGGUGGAAAAACCAAAUGGUUCGUUGAGAAUUUGCCUUGAUCCGAAACCGUUAAAUCAGUGUAUUAAACGCGAACAUUAUCUAAUCCCUACACAACAAGAUUUGUUCAGUCGCCUUUCGGGUAAAAAUAUUUUUACUGUACUUGACUUAAGCAGUGGUUUCUGGCAGAUGGAGCUAGAUCGAGAAAGUUCUGACUUGACUACAUUUAUGACUCCUUUUGGACGCUUUCGAUGGGCUCGUGUUCCAUUUGGACUCAAUAAUGCACCUGAAAUGUUUCAACGCAGAAUGGUACAGAUCUUUGGUGAUAUUCAAGGAGUGGAAAUAUACUUCGACGAUAUAGCUA